UUGAAAAGGAAAUAAAGUUUUUGGUUUUCCAUUAUCCAGAAAAAUGAUUCGCUUUAUAAAAUGUUUUUUUUUUUUUAUUGUGUUAUUGUUGUUGUUAAUUGCCCUUGGUUGUAUACACCGGUACUCUACGCCCGGGGCUGAUGAUAAUGAAGUGCCCUGUGAUGAGCGUAUGCAGUGAUUCUUCUUUGUACUCUAGGACAGAGCUGCGUCUAUAUCAGCUGUGGAUAUGUGGUGUGCGCUACAUUUGUAGUUCAUACAGACGCUUCCAACUGCAGGCCCUCUAGGAAACUCUGAAACAUCCCCACUCAACUGCCAUGUCUGGAGCCCAUAGGAGUGAGAAAAGUGACCUCUUCCCCUCCGCUGCCUUGUCCUCUGCCUCCCUGAAGAGCAAAAUCAACCUGAUACAGAGCAAGAUGUCUACGAAGGGACAGAAAAAGAGCAACAUUGAGAAUGUCUGCCAGGACUGCAGGUACCCACCCCCAUGUAUGUUUGGUAGCAGUCCAACGGUCCGAAGAAUAUUGGGGGCUUGUAUGGUUUCCCUGCUCACUCUUCUCGGUUCCAUCACCAUCGAUUUACGAGACUGUAUAAUGGAGUGGAGGAACACAGAAGCCGCCCUUCAAGCUUUUUCAUCUUGCACAGAUUUAAUAGCCAUAAAAUUCAUACAGUUCCUUCAAGACCAGAGGACCUUCUGCUGUUGGAACCACAUGAAUUUGACAGGCCGUCGAACCCUGCUAUUGAAUAACAUGGGAUUGUUUUGUGACGAGGCACAGGAUUUAUAUGAAGAGAACUGUGAGGACACAACUGAGGUUAGUCGUAUCUGUGAGAUUUUACUAGAUAAAGUACUAUUAAUGUCUGAAAACAUUACAGAGGGCGACUUUAGGGAUUGGUUGUCAACAAUCAUUUCCGAGAUAUUGGACAACUUUAUAGACCUAAAUGAAGACCUAAACAUCAUAAAAACAAACCAUGGUUGGGCGGAUGUGCUAUCUUUGCAUAUUCUGAUAAGAGCCCAGGAAGAGAUACUUCGCACAAAUGGUUCUACUCUAUCAUCUUCUACAGAUCUUCAACCUCUAGAGUUCGAAACUCGUACUAUGCUUAAUUAUGCCUUGUAUACCUCAGAUACUCUAUGCAGUUGCUGGAUAAAUAGCUACAAUAUAUCGAAGUUUUUAAUCAAGUACCACAAUAUAUAUUUUUUAACGCCAUUCUCAAAUGUAUCAGUAUUUGGCCAUCGUGCCUUGGUCGAUGGUCUAGCGUCUCUUCAAGAAUGUUUUUAUCCGGAGGGUUAUAAAAAGCUCAGCAACAAAUCCAAAGACAUCUUGUCCACCCUUAGCCUGAAGGUGACUCUCCUGACUGUAUCGUGUCUUAUAUACCCCAUUGUCCUAGUGUCCUUUAAACAGAUGACCGAGUGGAUUCAGAACUAUGCUCAAAACCUCAAGGAAAGGACAGAAGACCUGAAAAAAGAGAGGCGUUUAGCGGAGGAGCUUCUCCAUCAAAUGUUGCCAAAAUCUGUAGCCAAGCAACUUCGUAAGAAAAGUCACGUGGAGGCUGAAAGCUACGAUCAGGUCACCAUAUUCUUUUCAGAUGUCGUUGGCUUCACUUCUAUAUCGGCCUCGUGCACGCCUCUGCAGGUGGUAGAAAUGCUGAAUAAUCUGUAUGUCUGUUUUGACACCAGGAUCGAAUCAUUCAAUGUCUAUAAGGUAGAAACAAUCGGCGAUGCCUAUAUGGUGGUCAGCGGUCUGCCGGAGAGGAGUAAUAAAAAGCACGCAGAUGAAAUCGCUAAGAUGUCCCUGGACUUGGUGGCUGCCGUUCGGCAAGUGAUCAUCCCGCACAUGCCAAACGAGAGGCUGCAGCUGAGAGCUGGAAUCCACACCGGGCCCUGUGUGGCCGGCGUCGUUGGGCAUAAGAUGCCACGCUACUGCCUGUUUGGAGACACCGUGAACACUGCUUCUCGGAUGGAGUCUACCAGCCUACCACAGAAAAUCCACAUCAGCUCUGCUACCUACCAGGAACUCAUCAUUGAUAACGCCUACGAGAUCGAGCCUCGCGGAGAGAUUGAAGUGAAGGGUAAAGGUAAGAUGAAGACCUAUUGGCUGCUGGGAAACAAGAACUACAGUGUGCAGAACGACAGCCUGGUCUGCCACUGGAACCCCAACAUGCCCCGCAGGAAGAAGGUGGACAGCAGCUUGGGCUCUGGGUUACAGUCUUUAUCCAGCAACGUUCCAUCAGAAGCCAGCCGGGGGGCCACACCUCGGAUCCUGGAGGAGUCUGCUCCGGAACAUGGUGCCACCUCACCUCCAGGACUGUCCACAAAGAUGGGGGAAGCUCUGCAUGAUGCCAAAAAAGGGGCAAAUACCAAAAGUGACCAAAUGGUGACCCUGAAAUUACCCGAGAAGACAGAUCAGGGGACCUCCAGGAAAAUAUCUCUGGAGAAGAAUCUCCCUCUUCCUGGCUUUGUGGAGGAAUCUGUCUGAGGUCCUUCAUGGAGAAGAACACAAUACGAGUUUUAUACAAGAAUGUUUUUUAGACAUUUGCCCUCUGAAAAUACUAUACUGAGGCCAGACAGGAAAGUCUCCACCAAUCAGGAUAAACUAAAGGGUCACUCCACUCAAAAAUAACAUUGGAGUGUUUUGGUGGGUGAUAAAGAGUUAAAGCUGAACUUUAUUCUUCUUGUAUCUUGUUUUCCUUAGUUCCUUUCUCCCCCAUCAACAAAAUAAAAUAUUUCUGUGUUCAUUACAUACCUUAUUUUAGAUCUACUGAUGCCAUUACUGGCUUUCUGUGCUUCUCUCUACAAUGCAGGAAGAUCAUGGAGGGGG